AUGCCGGACGCCGACGAGGGAUAUAAAUGUAAUGAGUCAAGAAAGGAGCACGGUAGCGUCACGCGCUCAGGGCUCCCUAUACCGUCACAGCUUAAAAAGAAGGGAAUGGAAUUUCCUCCAAAUUCCUUUAUGACGGUGGCAGACAAGAGACAUGCUCUGAUCGCUAUUUAUAUGAUAUAUUGGCUUGGGCUGCUAGGCUACGCAGCCACUGUGCGCGUACUGGCAGCGCCUGGAAACGUUGGUUCAAGGGCCUUGGGUUAUAUCGACCGAGCGCAAGAUAUCGAGAACUACUGUAUUGCGACCACGGCCUUCCUUAUCACCUCUUGUAUUGGGGCAUUAGCUAUCGUGGGUGUCCCAAUGUCAGCCGUUGCUAUUGAUAAGAGAAGGUUUAGUAUGGGUUAA